ACUUUGUGGAUGGGUUCAAGCCCUAUAAUUAUGCUGAAUGGAUUCCAUGCUGUGAAGGAUGGUCUCACCACUCACCCGGACGAUGUUGCGGGACGACCAGUCCUCCCUUUCUUCAGAGCGCUGGCAAAUAAUAAAGGUAUUCUGUUGUCUACUGGCAGAACAUGGAAGCAUCAGAGGCGCUUUUCCCUGAUGACUUUGAAGACCUUGGGUCUCGGGAAGAGGAGCCUGGAGUACCAGAUCCAAGAGGAAGCCCGCCACCUGGUGGACCACUUUAGAGCAACCAAAGGAAAACCCAUGAACCCUUCUUUCGCCCUCACUCUGGCUGUUUCAAAUGUGAUUUGUGUUGUGGUUUUUGGGCAUCGCUUCUCCACUGAGGAUGAAACUUUUCACCAGCUGCUGGAAGCCAUGGAGCCCAUAUUUAAAUUUGGCAGUAGUACUACACACUUUACACAGAUCAGCAAGCACCAGGCCACAGCUGCUCCAGAUGACCUGCAAGACUUCAUUUAUUCUUAUCUUGCUCAGAUAGAGAAAACGAAAGACCAGCCCAAACCAGCUUAUGAUGAAAGUAACAUGAUCCAAAGCAUCUUUGACCUCUUCUUGGGUGGGACAGAGACAUCCAGCACCACUCUCUAUUGGACUCUGCUGUACAUGGUGCUUUAUCCAGAGGUACAAGCAAAAGUCCAGAAGGAAAUAGAUGCAGUCGUGUCUCCCGGCCAAAUGAUCUGCUACGAGGACCGCAAGAACCUGCCUUACACUAAUGCUGUGAUCCACGAGUGCCAGCGCUUCAGUAACAUCAUCGCAAUCGGCCUGCCCAGGUUGUGCGUGAAAGACACAAUGAUCCGACAAUUUUCUAUUAAAAGGGGCACUGUCAUUUUCCCGAACAUAGCUUCUGCCUUGCAUGAUCCCAAAGAAUGGGAGACGCCUCUGCAGUUCAACCCGGGCCACUUCCUUGACAAGGAUGGGAAUUUUACCUGCCCAGAAGCCUUCAUACCGUUUUCUUUAGGGCAGCGAGUGUGUUGGGGAGAAAAAUGGCAAAGACAGAAGAUGUUCCUUUUCUUCUCCAACCUUCUGCAGGCGUUCACCUUCCACUUGGCAGAAGGACAAAGACGUAAACACAAAACCUAUCUGGGGGGGAACUUUGCAGCCUCACACUUUGAGAUCUGUGCACUCCUCGCUGUUUACCGGGCGGUCAUGACGUGA